AAAAAUCGUUCGCUAUAAAUAGACACUUCACCACCAUUACCCUUUUAUUCUAUUCCAGACACAAAUUACUUUUCUUGCCACUAAUAAAAAGUACAAAAUCUACAAGUGUAUUGUUCUUUUUAUUCAUCAUUUUGAAACACACAGUAUGGAAGCAGCUACCGAUACUCACAGCGAAGCCGCCGCUAAGCCGGCUACGAUCCCCGUCGUCUCCUCGACCUCGAGCGGGACGCUAGGCCGACACCUGGCGCGUCGCCUGGUCCAGAUCGGCGUGCGCGACGUCUUCUCCGUGCCCGGGGACUUCAACCUCACCCUGCUCGACCACCUCGUCGCCGAGCCGGACCUCAACCUGAUCGGCUGCUGCAACGAGCUCAACGCCGGGUAUGCCGCAGACGGCUACGCCCGCGCCACCGGCGUCGGGGCUUGCGUGGUCACCUUCACAGUCGGCGGCCUCAGCGUGCUGAACGCCAUCGCCGGUGCUUACAGCGAGAACUUGCCCGUGAUCUGCAUCGCCGGAGGACCCAAUUCCAACGACUACGGCACCAAUCGGAUCCUCCACCACACAAUCGGGCUACCCGAUUUCACCCAGGAGCUCAGGUGCUUCCAGACGAUCACCUGCGCUCAGGCCGUUGUGAAUCACUUGGAUGAUGCCCAUGAGUUGAUCGACACAGCGAUUUCAACGGCUCUGAAGGAAAGCAAGCCGGUUUACAUAAGCAUUAGCUGCAAUUUACCAGCAAUCCCUCACCCAACUUUCGCAAGGGAACCCGUGCCGUUUCUUCUCGCACCAAAGGUCAGCAACCAGCUCGGGCUGGAAGCCGCAGUCGAGGCAGCAGCCGACUUCCUUAACAAAGCCGUUAAGCCUGUCAUCAUAGGCGGGCCCAAGAUACGCGAAAUGCUGAGUGGGGACACUGCAGUAAUUGCAGAGACAGGGGAUUCGUGGUUCAAUUGUCAAAAGCUUCGUUUACCUGAGAAUUGCGGGUUUGUCCUUGUUACGGCUCAGGACAUAUCCACCAUGAUACGGUGCAGGCAGAAGAGCAUAAUAUUCCUCAUCAACAAUGGAGGGUACACGAUUGAGGUCGAAAUUCACGACGGCCCUUAUAAUGUUAUAAAAAACUGGGACUACACGGCUCUUGUGGAUGCUAUCUAUAACGGGCAGGGCAACUGCUGGACUGCCAAGGUGAAAACGGAGGAUGAGCUGGUGGAGGCCAUAGAAAAGGCGAGGGGCGAGCACAAGGACUCGUUGUGUUUCAUAGAGGUUUUUGUUCACAAGGAUGAUACGAGUAUAGAGUUGCUGGAAUGGGGCUCGCGUGUUGCUGCUGCUAACGGUCAGGUUCCGUCGCCGACCACCAUCGCCGGCGUCAUCACCGCCAUAGUUAUAGACCCCUUUGGCGAUUCGCUUGCCGACACCGGUAAUCUGAUCUGGAUCCGGCCCGCCGACGACCCGCCAGAGUGCUCCCGACCGCCCUACGGCCGGACUUACUUCCACCGCCCCACCGGAAGAUACUCCGACGGCCGCCUUGUUGUCGAUUUCAUUGCUCAGAGUUUGGGGCUGCCCCUUUUGCAGCCGUACGUCGGUGGAGAAAACGGCGGCCGGAAUUUCAGCAGAGGAGUGAAUUUCGCGGUGGCCGGAGCUUCAGCUCUUGAUAGAGGCUUUUACGAGGGAAUGGGAAUUCAUAAUACAGAGACAAAUGUGUCUCUUGGGACUCAAUUGGAUUGGUUCAAACAUUUUCUUGUUACAAUUCCAGACGGGAGGAAAUUCCUUGAACGAUCGUUGGUUAUUUUGGGAGAGAUCGGAGGCAACGAUUACAAUCUUCCGAUCAUGCAAGGGGCAAAUUUGGAAACGAUCCAAUCAUUAGUUCCACCAGUUAUUGAUUACAUUGGAUCCACAAUUCAAGAACUGAUUAAGCAUGGUGCAAGGACAAUAUUAAUCCCUGGGAACUUCCCCAUAGGCUGCUUGCCUGUUUAUCUUACACAGUUCGAGAAAUCAAGUGCCUCUAGCGAUUACGACCCCAAAACCGGGUGUCUCGUUUGGUUAAACGAGCUCUCAAAGCACCACAAUACUCUGCUCAAACAGGAGUUGAGCCGCAUUCAGAGCCUUCAUCCUCACGGGGAGGCCCGUACAAUUUCAACGAGUCGGCAUUGUGCGGCUUUCCCACUUCAACGAGUUGUGAUGACCCGGGCUCGUUUGCUAGUUGGGACGGCCUACACUUCACGGAGGCUACCUAUAGCAUUUUGUAAGCCUCAUACGAAAUAUGAAUCAAUCUUCAGCUUUGGUGAUUCACUUACCGAUACCGGAAAUUUAUUACUCUCGGGAGCCCUCAAAUUCCCGGUAAUUGGACAAUUACCAUACGGUGAAACUUUUUUCCACCGUGCCACUGGUCGAUGCUCUGAUGGCCGCCUCAUAAUCGAUUUUAUUGCUGAGGCAUAUGGAUUGCCUUAUUUAGCACCAUACUUAGCACUGGCCAAAGGUGGUGAGAAAUUUGAGCAUGGGGUUAAUUUCGCUGUAGCUGGGGCCACAGCUCUGGAUGCAAAAUUCUUUUAUAACCUCAAAAUUGGACAAAUUUUGUGGACAAAUGAUACGUUAAAUGUUCAGCUUGCCUGGUUCAAAAACCACAAGUCCACCCUUUGCUCCACCAAACAAGAUUGUACAGAUUAUUUGAGAAGGAGCCUAUUUGUGGUGGGUGAGAUUGGAGGUAAUGACUACAACUACCUCUUUUUUGUUGGAGCUAACAUUACUCAGCUUAAGGCAAUGGUACCACUUGUCGUCCAAACUAUUGCAACCACCACAAGUGUGCUCAUAGAGGAAGGAGCAGUAGAAUUGAUGGUGGCAGGCAAUCUGCCACUUGGGUGCAGUGCAGUUUAUCAAACCUUUUUUGGAACAAGUGAGAAAUCAGCUUAUGAUCAAAAUGGUUGUCUUAAGGCAUACAAUUCUUUCUCAAAGUACCAUAAUUUUCACCUCAAACUUGCUCUGGAGGGCUUGAGACAAAAAUACCCUCAUGCAAGAAUCAGUUAUGCCGACUACUAUGGCGCUUCUAAGAGAUUCGUCCAUGCUCCCCAACAUUAUGGGUUUUCAAGUGAGACAGUAUUAAGGGCCUGUUGUGGAGGAGGUGGGCCAUACAAUUUCAACAACUCAGCAAGAUGUGGGCAUAUUGGGUCUAAGGCCUGUUCAGAUCCAAAGACUUUUGCCAAUUGGGACGGUAUCCAUUUAACAGAGGCCGCCUACCGAUACAUGGCCAUGGGCUUGCUUAAUGGGCCUUUUAUUUAUCCACCACUCACGUUCUCUCCUAUUAAUUCCGUAUAUGCUGACGUUAUUGUGGGAGCCCAAAGGCCCAAAACAAGAGACUUGACUUGAAGAUUAUUUGGGAUGGAAUUAUUGUCACAUUAAAGGUAGGGAAAACAAUGUUGUGGCCUCCUAUUUUUUGAACUUCUGUAAUUGUAUCAAGUGUUCCUUUAUUUCUAUACAACAAAAGGAAUAUAAAUUAUAUUCAAUUUUGUUUCGCCAGCUAAAUUAUUUUCA